UCACUGUUCAAAAGCUGCCACCUUUGUUUAAAUCUACUUUUACCUAGCUUGAGUCGUAACAGGAAAUCCAGAAACCACACGCUGUUGUGCCUGUUGAUAUAUAGUAAUAUCGAACAAUGCGCCCCUACAAGCCAGGCGGUUUUGACAGUAAGUCCAGGACCCAUGGCCUCUUCCAUGUGGAUGACAACGACUACUCAAUAAUACCCAAAGUGGAGGAGGACCUGUUCUACGUGAUCUAUCGCAGGGCACAAACUCUGUUCCGGGCAGGAAAAACUUGGAUGAGGCGUUCGCUUUAUCACAGAGCAGGAAACGUUUUUCUGAAAGCGAUAAACUCCUUGAAGAACUGCAGAAUGAGCAGUUUCGAGCAGGAGUGCCAGCAAACUGAUCUGCUGAUCGGCCUCCUCGAAAACUUGAUGGUCUGCUUCAACAAGAUGCGGCGGCCUAAGUGCGUCUGCAAUGCCAUGAAGGAUUUGCGCCGCCUGACCAGAAACAAUCCUUCGUGGUGGGCGCUCUGCCAGGUGGGUCGUGCCCUCGACGCCUUGGGUAAAUACCAUCGUGCCCGUUCGUCCUACAUAAAGGCGCUGAAGAAACGACCCAUGGAGCAGAGCAUUAAGGAGGAGAUUACCAGAAUCAGCAAGCGAAUCGGCGAUCUUGAGGAGACUGAGCGGAUGCUUUCUCAGCUGUCCAUAUAACGCGCUUGAACCAUAUAACGCGUAGAACUGAAGUCCUGAAUCUGAAAAUCUACUGAAUUUAUCAUAAAUCUAGAUGUUAUGCAGAAGCAAUAAUAUAUGAUAAAGAAUAUAUAUAUCUUUAUAUUGA